AUGUCCAAUUAUACUAAUGAACAGCAUCAACAACAGCAACGCCGGCCAUCGUCACCAUCAGCCGCUUCAACCGCUCAGAGAUCUGCAUCAGUCUCAGUUCCCAGUACUAAAUCACAAGCAAAUAAGAAACCUCAUAAAAUGAGGAAGACAAGUUCAAAUACCAAUAAUAAUAAUACAUCUGUUACUGCAACUAAUAAUAAUACCAAUAAUAUUGAUGGUAACGGUAACGGUACCACAAGAAGCAGCAAUAAUAAUGGUAACAGUUCCGCAAGCAGCACUGGCACUAACUUGACCAGCGAUCCUGAACUUUUAUUCGAUACUAAUGCCUUCGUAUCUGAUGCAAAGGCAAGUAAUUCAAAACAAUUAUUAUACGCUCAUAUAUAUAACUACCUUUUAGAAAUGAGAUAUUAUGAAGCAGCUUCUCAAUUCCUUAAAGAGGCUGAAAUACCAAUGGCGUUAGCGAAUCCAAAUGGUGAUUUAAAUAAGAAAAAAUUCACUACUUCAAAAUUAAUUUCCACUAAACAACCUGCCAAAUUAUUUAAAGCUGACAUGUUAAUUAAUUCUCCCCAAACUUUCCUUUUAGAAUGGUGGGAAUCAUUUUAUGCAAUGAAUGAAUUUAUAGAAAAUACUCCAGCGGAAUUACUAGUAAAAGAUGAAUCUGAUUAUGGGAAUAUUUAUCCAAUUUUACCUGAAAAAUAUAGACAAAAUCAAAUGGCAACGUCACAACUACUACAACAACAGCAACAACAGCAACAACGAAAUCAAAAUCAAAUGCCUCCACCACAACAAACUCAAUCUCAACCUCAAACAUACCAACAAAAUGGUCCCAAAUCAAUGAGGGUUAAUAAUAGUACUAGCAAUAACAAUACUAAUAAUAACAAUACUAAUAUUCCUUUGAACGUGAAUAUGAAUAUGCCUCCAAACAUGAACAUGAAUGUGGGCAUGAACAUGAAUAUGCCUCCUAAUGCACCUUCAAAUAUUCAUCCAAAUAUGAAUAUGGCAAUGAAUAUGAAUAUAAACAAUAGCAGAGGACCUAGAAAUUCAACAGCAGCUCCUAUAACAGCACAAUAUCUACCGAACUCAAGUAAUAAUGUUAAUGAUACAUAUUCUAAUUAUCAAAAAAUGAAUAAUAUUAACAACCAACAGACAAGAAUACCUCAUUCUGCAACUGAACUGAAUAGUUCUACAAUUCAGCCUAUAACAACAGCAACAACAACACAAAGAUUAUCGAACCCUCAAGAACAAAACCUACCCGCGUCAGCCCCUCCAAGUGCAACUUUCCCCAUGUCUAACAAUAGUAACACUAAUACUAAUACUAAUAAUAAUAGUAAUAACAUUUAUUAUGUUCCUGUAAACGAUUCAAGAGAAAAUUCAUAUCCCAAUAUUCAUCCAAUAAACAAGAACCCAUCAUCCUAUGGCAUCCCGCAAUCAAAUAUGAAUAAUUAUCCACAAUCACAAUCACAUGCUCAAGCACAAGCUCAAGCACAACAACAACAACAACAACAACAACAAAGAUCAGAUAUGAAUGUGAAUAACCAAAACAUCCCAAAUAGUAUGAUCGCAAUGCAAAACGGAUAUCCUGAGCAGCAACAACAACAACAACUACAAAGACAAAAUGGAAAUAUAGGAUCUUUACAACCUCAACAACGUCAACCGCAACCUCAAUCGCAACCCCAACCACAACAGCAACCGUCACAACAACAGAAACAAUUCAAUGGUAGGCCGACGCCAUACCCGCCACAACCACAACCACAACAGCAUUUCCCAUCUGACUCAGCAAAUGCUCCGAAUAACAAUAAUUUUUCUUCCAUGUACAUAGAUCCUCAGCAACAACAACAAUCACAAAUGAUACGAGGCCCGCAUCCAGAUCAGUCUUUUCCACAUCCUCAUCCGAACGGAAUGAUAGAACAAGGACAGAUACCAACACAAUUAUCAUCAUCAUCAACAACAAAAGUAGGUACACCAAUAUCAACAGGGACAACGGUAAGAUCCAAUCAACAACAGCAACAACAACAGCAACAGCAGCAGCAACAGCAAAUGUUACUACAUCGAAUACAAUUACAACAACAGCAUCAUCAUCAACAGCAACAACCGAUGCAAUACCAAUCGCAUAUGAAUGGUCCGCCACAACAACAGCAACAGCAAUCGGAAGAAACAAGGGAGAGUUCUACUGCAUCAAACAAUGCAACAACUUCAAACAUAGAAUUCAGUACAAUUCAACAACACCACCAACUGCAAUACAUGGACAUGAUGAAUAACAUGAAUACCACCGCAGUGGAUAACAAUAAUAACAAUAAUCCAAAUAUGGCUUCUGCUGCUGAAUUGUUCAAUUUUGGCAUGAUUGAUAGUAAUAAUAAUAAUAAUCAGAAUGGUUUUACAAAUUCAAAUACUAAUAAUAACAACACGAAUAAUAAUAAUAACGAACUUCCGAACAAGAACAAUAAUAAUAUGAAUAGUGGUACAAACGAAAGUGCGGCCAAGAAUAAAGAUGUUGUUGGUGAUAAUGAUACUGGUUUAUGA